AUGUUUGUACUGUCGUUCGCUCUUGCGUGUUCUUUGCUUUUCAUUGGCUUCUCGAGUCAUCUGACGAGUUGCACGAAGAUACCUGAUACUACCCGUUCGGCCGAGUCUGGGCCAUACCGACUGCUCAAUGUCAGCCGGACGAAUGCUCCACAGCGAUCGAACUCGAACGCAACCUUGACGGCCUCCAACUACGACGAUGCGGUGAAAUGCUGGAAUGAUUGGGAUUCUUACUCCGCCUGGUCAACCACAUGCCCGAAGACCACCAUUCCGUACUCAACAUACACUCUAUCCGACCACUGGACCUACACCGAGUACGAGACGUUCAAGCUCUGCGAUGGCCACCCACGAGCAGUCGCCAACGGCGGCUGGCGCACAUCUUACUCGACGGAGAGCGAUAUCACCUACCCUUUCCAGACCAUCACGCUCACAACGAUCACCUACGAGUUCCCGCCGAGCGGUAUUCCGGCCGCUACUGUUACGACGACCGGCGUGUCAGUGCACACGCAAGAGACUGUGACGUGCGCGAGCCCGGCUCCGACGCCGAGUUGUACGAUUGAUGAUAAGAAUUGUGCGUCGUUGUUCAGUGCUUGGACUGCGGAUGGAUUUACGAGAUCAAAGCCGCCUUGCUAUUACCCGGAGCCUGGGGAUGCUUGUGAUGCUUGUGCGCUCUUCGUACCGUCGGUCAAGUUGUUGUAUUGGCCUGUUUCUAUGACUGGGGAUUUUUGUGGGAGCGACUACCGCAUCGCAACCCCCACUCACCCCUCCAACCUCUCCACCCCCGAAACACUCCUGUACUCCGGCCACACCCUCACCUCCGGCUCCGCCUACCGCUCCUACGCUGGUGUCACCGCUCUCGCUACCGCCGGCUCCUACUGCGGUACCCCGCUCCCCGCCGGUAUCCUCCCCCUCCCCUCUGCCUCCCUCUCCUCCUACCGCGGCCACGCAGCCGCCAUGCCCAUCGCCGACUCCGCACCCUGGCCCUUCAAUUUCGCGGACCUCGCGCCGAACCCGGUCCCCUGGGACGCGUGGAUCAGUCAGGAUUUGUGCUUUAAUCACCAGAGUGACCCGGCGUGUCAGACGGUUACGCAGGCGGCGUAUCGGCCUUGGUUGGUUUAUCCGAGGGAGUUUUUUGGGAUGGAGAGGGAGUGGAGCAAGUGUGUGACGGGGGCGUUUGGGAUUGUGGAUCCGCCGACUGCUUUGCCCAAGGCGGAGGUGGAAGUUGUGCCGACGAUGUCGAGGGGAGUGGAGAGGAGCGCGACGGCGGCGGAGCCGGGGAUGGGGUCGGAGGGUAGUUUGGGAGGGACGCAGACGCCGGCGCCUGAGCUGGAGACCACAAGAGGCGUUAUAAUACCGAAGGAGAGCAGGUCCCGAGCCGCUGAUCCUACUGACUCUGCGAUUGAGCCGCAUGUUUCUUCCAGGCCUGAAGCAACAUCACAAGAAAAGCACGGUACAAAGCUACAUGUACCCAACACUUCCGGGAGCACUGAGAAAACAUAUCCCAAGCCUGUGCCACCACUCGAUUCACCAGCUGAUCCAACCGGCGGCGCCAGCGAUGCCGACCAUGCGAGCUCCGUAAAUCCAGUCGAUCCAGUCGACCCUAUUACAGCACCGCUGAGUGCGUAUGGCGCAAGCACGCAAGCACAAGCAACAACCAUCUUCAACAUCCCAACGACAGCACUGGCCAACAGCAAAGUCUUUGUCGGCUCCCAGCUCCUCUCAGCCGGAUCAGAGGGUGACGCCGUCUCGUUGGGCACACACAUACUCUCGCAAGGCGAGAAGACACGAAUCGGCGGCACAUUCGUGUCACUCGGCUCGAAGACUCUGGUGGUCGGUGUGCUUCCAACGCCUCCUCCGACCGACCCGGAACCGCCGAAUGCACUUUCUGUCUUGAGCGAGGCGCAGACGGAAGGCAGACCUACUGCUAAGGUCACGGUGGGUGGUGAGACGUUUACUGCGUAUUCUGGCGGAAUUGUUGUUGGAGGGGAGACGACGUAUGAGCCUGGACGUUCUAUCAUCUCUGCCGGUGGGGAGGCGUUGAGCUUGGGGAGUCAUGGAGUUGUGGUCGGCGGUACGACGAUCGGUUUUGAGGCUCCAAGCGAUGCGCCCUCCUUGACAGCGAAUGAUGCGUCUGGUGAACAGUCUGCUCCAGCGAAAGCUACCAGAUCGCGAAUGGAGCUGACGUUCGCUCACGGCACGACAUGGAGGACGACAGUUACUGGUACGAUCGAUCGGUCUGGCCACACCAUCGUCUCCAUGGGCAAGAGCACAUUCACUUACAGCGGUCAAAGUGCUGUGGUGCACGGUACAACGUUCCGUCUGCAGUCAACAGCGAAGGGAAGCUCGCAGGAAUCGAGCGACAAGCACAGCUCCGCUCAAAAGACCGGCGGUAUUUCUGGCCUUCCGAGCAUCGUGUAUGCGCCGCGUCCUACUUCUUCCGGUCCACUGCCGUCGAUUGUUGAUCCCAGCGGUGAAGGAGGGUCGCGAGCCUCGUCCACGAGCACAAGCUCCAGCACCUCUUCGGCUUCCUCGCUUGGUCUGUCGGAUUCGCUGGAUUGCUUACGCUAUGGUAUGGCCCUGAUCUUCCUGCUAUCGUUCUUUGGGUGA